GCGCCCACGGCCCAGCCCCACCCUGCCCCAUGGCCGUACCUGCUGCCCAGAGCCCCGUGAAGCUGAUGGCCCUGCAGCUGCUACUCUGGCACAGUGCUUUCUGGACGGUGCACGAAGCCACCCCCCUGGGCCCUGCCAGCUCCCUGCCCCAGAGCUUCCUGCUCAAGUGCUUAGAGCAAGCGAGGAAGAUUCAGAGCGAUGGCACGGCGCUGCAGGAGAGGCUGUGUGCCACCUUCAAGCUGUGCCACCCUGAGGAGCUGGUGCUCCUCGGGCACUCUCUGGGCAUCCCCCGGGCUCCCCUGGGCAGCUGCACCAGCCAGGCCCUGCAGUUGACAGGCUGUUUGAGGCAACUCCACGGCGGCCUUUUCCUCUACCAGGGCCUCCUGCAGGCCCUGGGGGGGAUCUCCCCCGAGCUGGCCACCGCCUUGGAUGGGCUGCGGCUGGACGUUGCUGACUUUGCCACCACGGUCUGGCACCAGAUGGAAGACCUAGGGGUGGCCCCCACCCUGCAGCCCACCCAGAGUGCCCUGCCAACUUUCGCCUCCGCCUUCCAGCGCCGGGCAGGAGGCGUCCUGGUGGCAUCGCACCUGCAGAGCUUCCUGGAGCUGGCCCACCGCGUCCUGCGCUACCUGGCCCAGCCCUGAGUGGAGCCCACCCCACUCGGCGUAUUUAUCUCUAUUUAAUAUUUAUGCCUAUUUAAGCCUAAUAUUUAAAGACGGGGAAGAGCAGAACAUGGUCCUAGACUUCUGGAUCCUUCCCUCCGUCUCCGAGUUUCAUUCUCCUGCCUGUGGCAGUGAGGAAAAGCUCCUGUCCUCCCGUCCCCCGGACUGGGGGGAGAUUGGUAAAUACCAAGUAUUUAUUCCUGUGACUG